UGACCUGUAGCACCGUCCAGAGGGGAGGAGUUCAAACAGUUUGCGUCCAGGGUGUGAGGGGUCUGCAGAAAUCUUUUGAUCCGUUAGGUGUACAGAGGCAGGGCAGGUUGCCACCAAUGGUUCUUUCUGCAGUCCUGACUGUCCACUGGAGUCUGUUCCUGUCUUGUUUGGUUGCUGAGUCUGAGUUAGUGUUUCCUAACACUGUGACAUCUUUGCACCAACCUUCAUAUAUGUAGAAACAAAUUCCACAUCCCCUCAACUUUCCGGUUUGCCCCUUCACUCGAUCCACUCUGUGGAUCUGGAAAUCCAGGAGCAUAACAGCUUCAUCCUGGGGUCAAAUCAAUGCCGCCGAUCGUGAGAAGUCAGAAUUAGUCUGGUUGAUGAGAAGCAGUUUGUCCAUUUUGUUGGCAAGCGAGUGGAGGUUUAUUAGAUGGAUAGCCGGGAGUGGCGUUUGGAGGCCUCUCUGUCAGAGCUUGACUCAGGCACCGGCUCUCUUUCCCCUGCAGCGGUUCUUGUAGGUUCUGAGUAUCGCUGCUGCUCCACCAGCCAAAAUGUCAAAACAACUUAGGCCGUCCAUAAAAACAAGAGAAAAGGUGUUCAGAGUGAGUUGUCGGAUGUUCAACAGCUCAUCUUUCGUGAAAGUAAUCCCAGAUGGGUCACAAAAGACCAAAGCAACAAGAACACAGUAGAGCACGUCACUGAGGUGGCCACACACAUGGCGCCAUCUUGAACAACCAACAGUGACAGUCUGGCUGCACAAGAUACAUCUGUUUCCCAUGCGUCUGUUAUUUUAGAACUAUAAGAAGAGUAGUUAGAUAAAAGACAACACAAAAGGUUAAAACAUGAAGUUUCUUUUGCUCCAGAUUGCAGCAAGGCACAUGAAACUUGACCAAUAUUAAAAUGAAAACAAAAAAGGUUGGGAACCACUGGUCUACACUCCUGGACAAACUUAUUUCAUAAAGAAAUCCCUGUUCUUGGAUGGAUGGAUUACAGGCCUAGUGUGCACAGGUCCAGGGGUCCAAAGGAUCAGCGGUGUCACCAGAGGAGACACAAAAUGCCUAUGAACACACAGAAAACCACAAGAGAAAUAUGCAAAUGACUUUAAAUAGCUGCAAAGCAGCUACAAAGACAUGCAAAACCUCUUCAGAGUUGCAGUGCUAUCACAAAGAGUGGCAAAAUGACCAUAAAGAGACUCAAAAAAACAACAGAUGCACAAAACAAGAGUAUUAGAUGCAAAGCGAGAGAGAGAACAACUACAAAGCUCUGCCCGAUAUCUUUAAUGAGCUGGAUUUGACCAUAAAUGGAAACAACUGAAAACCCAACUUCAGAGACACAACUCGGUUACAAAGUCCCACAAAACUUAUUCAGUCUGUGUAAGCACAAAAAGAAGCAAAGCGACAGAAGUAACACAAAAUAACCACAGGGACUGACUACCAACGACACAGCCUUUUUGUGCUUUUCACGUGUGUCCGGGCGCCUGUUGUUUUAUAAUCCGUCCAAGUUCAGCUGGACACGGCGCUGAAACCUUCGACUCUGAGUGACUUCAUUCACUGGCCUAUGGCCCCUGACCGGCCCUGCUCUAUUUACAUAGAAUAAUAAAGCACUUGUUUCCAGUGUAACAGACACUUACACACUGGGAACAAACAGUUGGUGUCAAACUAAAUGUCCAUGCUAUUGAACUGCUCCCCACUUUAGUUGAUUUGGGAUAUUCAGUCGUGUAGUGCUUGAUAGCAAUGAAUAGCUGCAGUGUAAGGGCAUAUAAAGGCUUUAUAUUUCUAUUAGACAUGCACACAGCCCUGCUUCACACUGUAUAUGUUGUACAAACUGUAUGUUGUAAAUGCUUAUCAGUCUGUUUUAAGGAGAGUAUUUUUCUCUUGAAUUGGCGGAUUGUACCAUAGUGAUCGAAUGCAAGAACCCAAAGUAAAGGUGCUAUCCUGCCAUGUCAUAUCCUGUAUUUUGCCACAUUUGUUUAGAUGUUAGCUGCAGCAAAUUCUAUAUUUCAGAUGUGUUCUUUUUCAAUGCUGCGUUGGCUUUGUGUUAUUAAUGUAUCUAGCAUGGUAACAUCAGUCUUCAAAUAAGUUUUAAAAACUGCAUGAUAUUCAGCUGCUGCUUUUGGUAUUUUCUAAUUAUUAAGAUGUCUAUUUAAGCAGAAUUAAUUCUGAGAUAGAAUAUGAAGAGCUGAAUCAGGCUUAGAUUAGCAGGCAGAUUACUUAUUAGUUCUUUUCUUAAACUUUUGGUACAUUUUGCUUUGUGCCCUUGAAUUAAAGAAACAGUGUAACAGUUUGGGAAGUACUGUUAUUGGAUAUUGUUGCAGUGGUUUAGUUGAUAUGAAUUUGUUGUUGUUGUUGUUUUUGGACUUUAACAUCCAGGUGGAAAAAAUAUUCAGUGUGGCCUUCAAUUUGUUAUUCUGACUCCGAUAUCUGGAAUGUCCUUGGAAACAUGGGAAUAAAAGCCACCCCAUCAGUUACAGAAUCUAAAUCCAAUGGCAAGGUUUCUUUGAUCAAGUCAGCUUUUUUUAAAUGGGCAUGAAUGUUUUGUGUGUGGUUUCACCUGUUAACAAGCUACUACAGGCCUGUGACAGGAAAAACUAGCUCCUUUGAGCUGUUUAAAUCUGGCGAACGGGGGUAAUGCCACGUGAAUGCGGAAAAACCUCCUGUUGUUCUGACUUGGUGGAGGGCUCACAUGUUAUUCCAAGGCUGUGGAGCGAACAUUGUUGCCUCACUAGAUAAACUAAAUUAUCUCCUUUUGCUGUUUGUAGUGGUUUGUUACCAAGCGAAAAAAACAGUGCUUGCCUGAAAUGAUCUUUAGCCUUUGUGUCAACAGUUUUUUGACAUGUCUGUUGUUCUUUUCACCAAAGUCGGAGACUGGCGUGUCUGUUAACGUGUUGCUAACCAGAGGCGGCAGCUACGAGGAGCUCCCAUCACCUGCUGCAGUUUAUUUCUGGGACGACAUGAAGUGCUGCCUUGGACUCUUCCUGCUGCUCUGCUGUGGGGUGCUUCAUUUGGGUUCGGGGCUCAGCUGCUACAAAUGCUCUGAUUACACCGGGCGCUGUUCCAACGUCCAGGACUGCACGUAUGAAGACUCCUGUAUCUCUCUGAGUGAACGAGAUGGGAAGACCAUCCGUCAGUGUAUCAGGUACACAGACUGCGAUAACUCUCGUCUCAGCCAGAUGUUCCCAUCCAUCUCCAGCUUCAACUACCGCUGCUGCAGCAGCAACCUGUGCAACUCGGGAAGCACAGUUACCACGGCGACAUCGGUCCUGGCCCUGGCGGGGUCCCUGCUGGGUGUUUGGUGGUGCUGGGUCUGAAGGUGCGGUGCACGAAUCCCUGCCAUGGUUGAGUCUCUAGGAUCAGUAGCUGUGAAAAGUUCAUUUGAGCUAAACAGGUUAUAUUUUAUUCGGCUGGUGCAGCUCAGGUCUGAAGGACCCAUUCACCUUCUUUGCUAAUUUCAUCAUCAUACUUUAUUCUGGUUUAACAAUAAAUACAAGAGAAAAU